AUGUCCCAGCCCGAACCCGAGCCCAACCCCUACCUCAUCUACGCAAAUGUUCUCUCAGCAUCCCCAGAGAAACGCGACGCCAUCAACAACCAGUUCAUGGAACAACAAUCACAGGCAAUCAUCAAACUUGUCGAGGAUAAGACCAAGACUAUGACAAACCCUUUCGACGAGGUGCGCCGUCAAGUCUUAGACUCUCAAAUGGCUUAUAGGGCCCAGUGGGAGGAGAAGUGGAAGGCUAGGAAGCAGGCAGUGGAGAAGUAG